UUGUUUCUAUGAGGCGUAUACACGCAUAUUCAAUCCCGGGUCAUAUCACUUACCUGCAGGAAGGAUGGCCAGUUUGUCGCUUUAUUGAGACAAGUCUUCGCAUGCUGGUGCGUAGUGCGCUCUUCUUGCUCUUGGGUCGUUACUAGAAGGAACUUUAUACGUGUGUUAGAACUAAACGUCAACGGCUGAUCUUAUCAUUCGGUGUGGACAUUCAGAACUCACUGGAUCCCAGUCGACCAACUACUUUCAUCAAGAGAAGUUCUGGUACUAGCUCUUUUUCGAUCCUAUCCUGAGCCAACAAACAUGGGCAGUCCUUGGUUCAUGCGCUCAGAUGAGCAUAAUCCAAAGGACCAAGAUCAUCAAAACAACUCGGGUAACCCGGUAGAGGUGGGCAUGGCUGCUGAGACUAAAGAUAUUUACCGGAAGAGCAGCUGGGACCCUUGGCAGGAGUGGACGGAGGAAGAAAUCGGAGUCGAUGGAAGAUCAUCCCAAGCUUCAGCCAAAUACGCACUCAUUGUCCGCCGCGAGAAGGAACAUGGUGAAAUUGAUGAAUCAGUCCUAUCGCUACAUUCUAUCACAGUGCAGAGCCCACUGCUCAAAAAGAUUCUCGGUCCGGUUUUCAAGGGCUACAAGGGCAUCAAACCCAACCUCAAGAAACUCGAGUUUCAUGCGCCUUUUCGAGAGUUCUUCUAUAGAUGGGAUGAGUUUACUCAAGCCGACCCAAGGAACGAUUCCGCUGAUUCCUCCGAGGAGUGUUCGCAUUACAAACUUCUGGCAGAUAUCAUACAUGCCGAGAUCAAGCCGCGUAUUGAGCAAGCCUCGGAUCUUUUGAACAACGGCGUUAUAUCUUUUGAUUAUGUGUGGACGCUCUUUGAGCCUGAUAUCGAAAUCUACACCACGGUCGAAGGCCGCGAUAGACUGUUUAGGUUGAGCAGCAGUAAUUAUUCCAAGACGCCAGAUGGAACAGUGGCAUACGUGCUUUGUGCCCGGUUCAUCGACACCGAUGGGAACACCUUCGGGUACACAGAAACAACCUUGAACAUAUUGCCUUUUGAGAACGUCAAGCCAAUUUUGGAGCUAGAAGUUAUCCCGGCACGUCUAUGCCCCCAUUUGGAUGAAGUCAAGGAUCGACUCGUACAACGUGGUCGAGUAUUUGAGAGCUUGAAAGGCAUCCACCACAGGACGUAUUCUGGUAUGUACAGUCUGCCUAGUACAGCCUCGGGUAUUCCAAAGCAGCGACACGUGGCAAACGAGCGGAUCAUCAUCGACUGCAGAACAUUCUUAUGGUUCAAUUGCAGUACAUCUGGUCCACUUCAGCCACUUGAGGCUCCAAAGAGCUUUGUGUUUCGUAGUAAUGAUCUAUACCAUGAUAAAUUGGUUGAUUCGCUCGCUCAUAGGUCUCUACCAGCAAAACCAUACGCCACAAUAGUUUCGAGUAAUGGCUCACAAAACUCAAAUAUAUCCAAUAAGGUACUCUCCGAAAGCCAGUAUGCGCUAUGUACGAACGUCGUUAAAGGGUUUUGCCUGAAAACUAAAGAAUGGGGACUAUUCGAUAUUGAGCUCAUCAAAGACGUGUUAUGGAGCUCAACAGCCUUUGAUCAGCUAGUGCUGCCGCACGAUUACAAACGAAUUAUUCAGGCAUUUGUUGGUGCUCAAAUGUCUGGAUUGGACAAUUUUGACGAUGUAAUCAAAGGCAAAGGACGAGGAAUCAUUAUGCUUCUAAGCGGAGAGCCGGGAACUGGGAAAACACUUACAGCAGAGUCUGUUUCCGAGAUCAUGCAAAAGCCCCUCUAUAACAUGAGUGCUGCCGAGUUGGGGGAUGUUGCCCAAGAAGUUGAGCAGAAGUUAGACUGUGCUCUCGAGCUCUCAACAAAAUGGGGAGCAGUCCUUCUCCUCGAUGAGUGCGACGUCUUUCUCGAACGUCGAACUACCUCGGAUAUCAAAAGAAACAAACUAGUCUCGAUUUUCCUUAGACUCCUCGAAUACUUUGAGGGCGUCAUGUUUUUGACAACUAAUCGAGUCUCGGCAUUCGAUCCAGCGUUUGAGUCUCGAAUUCAUCUCACUAUUCAUUAUCCCAAUCUGGACUACACUAGCAGGCUGCAUAUCUGGAGGACAUUUGUUAAUAUUGGCAUCGAUGGGAAUAGUCUUUCUGAAGAUGAGCUGGAUGAAUUGGCCGGUGUCGAGCUCAAUGGGAGACAGAUCAAGAAUGUGGUCAAGACGGCAAGACUUCUUGCAACGCACGAAAGGACUCAGCUGGCUAUGGGCCAUAUCAGCACGGUUCUGAGGAUCAAGAAAGGGCUAGCAGGAGGGUCAUGAUAUGGAAGCUUGUGAGAUACCAGAAAUGCCUUUUCCAAUCAAAAAGAAAGAAACAGAUCAAAUAUUUUGAUCAACUACGACGCGGUUCGAUCUACGUCCGCUAGAGUACACCUGGUGUGCCGUGUCUGGUGUUAUCAAACCCUUUUGUUUUCCG